UUUUUCUCGAUUUUAAAAUAAUUUUGUAGGGAUGGAGGCUGAAAUUAUUUGUUCGUGGAGCAAAUUAAACGUGAUCAAGAAGGAUGAGAUUAUUAUAGAUUUGGAACGUAGCGAGUACGUUAAGAAACGUAAAGAAUACCUGAAAAAGUUAAAAAUACCUACAAUUUCCGAGGUGAAGGAUAUAUUGGGGCCUGAUAUAGCGCGAAUUAUAUUUUUACAAUGCCCAUCUGAACAAAAGGUAUUAUUGGGGUUGAUUCCCCCCUUGGAGGGGCCUGGGGAUACCUUAUGGAGCUCCCCAAGCGAUUUAUUGAUUGGAAAGGUUUGCCUUAAACCGCCCUUAACAUCGAAAUACAUGAGGGCGUUGACACAUCAAGGAAUAUUGGAAAUCGGCCACGAAAUCGAAAAGAAAUACUGGAACCAAAUGGAGUUGGUUAAAGAUUGCGCUCUUGGCCAACAAAAGGCGGAUUUAUUAUACAACUUUGAGAAAGAACUCAAAAAAGCUCUGGUAUGUCUGGGAGUCAGACUUCAUGAAGAGUGCAACAUGAAGAUAGCUGCUUUAACUCUGCAAUUUGAGAUACAACUAGCUGAAAUGUUGAGGCUUCAAGAAGAAAUGCUUAGAGCCCAAUUUAAUGCCCAAUUGAGUGAGCUAGAGGAUGAGUUGAAGAAACAGGAAGAAAAAUGCAAUAAAGCUAUUCAAGAGGCUGUUGAUAGAGCUGUUAAGGAAGCUACCAAACUGUUUUUGAACGAUUUGGAUAAACAGCAUGAAAUACUAUGCGAAUAUUUUGGCGCGGAAAUAAAGCGUUUUGAGAUACAGAAGAAUUUUGAGCUGCAAAUGAAGCACAACAAAAUGGUGCAGAUAUUUAAGAAUAUAAAGCACCAUUUGGAGUGCAGAAAUAUGGCAAACAUGAUGUACAUUCUUUGUAUGGAAAGGAGAAAAUGCGUCAAGGAAAAAUGCGAGAUAGAAGAUUGCUACAAGAAAGAGAUAAACAGACUUGAAGAGGUCGUUGAUAAACAAACCAAUGACAUAAAACGAUUGAAGACCGAGCGGCAUUUUAAAACUCAGGAAGUUCAGCUGAGAGAAAAAUGCAUCGUGGAGAUCUUGGCGCAGUUCCAAAAAUUCAUCAACUUCGCUCUGAAAGCUUCGCCUACGCAGGCGGAAUUUUUACUUUCGCUGGAAAAGUUGAUGGUGUUUGAACUGGCGCAGUCGAUAGAAAAAACCAAAGUACCCAAACCCAAGCCAGAACCGCCGUUGCAAAGAUGGAAGAAAGGAAAAGACGACGAGUCGGAAAUUCGAAGCUUAACUGUCAAAGAUUUCCACGAUUGCUUCAACGAAGUUGACCCACCUUUGAAGUUUAAGGAGAUGGAUGCAGACACCCCCUUACCAGCUAUGUACUUGAAUAAACAUUUGUAUGUUAGGGAGGAUUUUAGAGACAUGAUUGCUGCGGGCGUUAAAAUUUCCAAACACAAUGAACUAUGGAGCCAAGAUGUAGAAAUAGUUGUCAAAAAAAUGAAAGAGUUCGCCUACGAGGAACCACCUGCAGAUGAAGAAGAAUCGGAAAAAGAAACCAAACCAAAAAAAUCGGCACUGAAAACCUUCAAAAGAACCGAACCACUAAAUGUGAACUUCGAUUUAUCCGAUAAAGAAAUACCGUUGGGUGAAGAAGAUUCGGUGCAAAUGGAUGAAUCAACGACAGAUGUAACAGAGUGCGAGAGAAAAUACAAAAUCGCGCAACCUUGUAGACCAAUGGGAAUUUCUAAAAUAAGUGAUAUGAGAAAGGUUACGAAUUUUGUCGAUUACGCUAAAAUCGGCGAACAAGACGAAAAGAAAACUUUGAUAUCAACAAAAGAUUCAAAAGACAUCUACAAAACUACCCUGGAACAUAUUUACACUGGACCUAUGCAAGACUUAACAGAGGAAUCUGAAAUAUGCGACAUCACCAUAGAAUCUGAUGACCAAUUUAGUAUGACGGAUUAUUUAAGAUGGCUACAGGAAGGCGAUGACGGGGAAAACAAAAGACCAAUGCCUAUGAUUAAACACAAAAAGAAACUAGGUUUGAUUAUAUUUUUUGAUGCUUAAAGUUCAUUUUUUU